ACAGGCCACACUAGAGCCGUUUCGGAUUUUCGCUUCUCGUAUCACCCUCGUCUCAUUCUUGUCGUCAGGAGACGACUGAAAUGGCGAAUGUCCAAGAGAAGCUCGUGCUGUCGCCAGACCACUGGCACAAUGACACAAUGCGCUCAACUUCGGUCACACAAGAAAGGGGCGCCGAAGAUGCCGUGUUUCAAAAAGAUCGCAUCCGUUGCGCCAAAGCAGAUUGCCUCCGCUUCACCCAGAUGAUGUGUAGAAAACUUCCAAAAGAACUGCGUGGCUUGGUAUAUCAAUAUCUGUGCGUCCAGGACCAAUUGAUACCUGCAGGACCAUACCAUCAUUUCAGCGUGUACAAACCGCUCAGUUCCACAUCAUCGUUGGCCUACGGAACCGGCUCCUCCCAGUUGGACCCGCAGAAUCCAACAGACGUUGACUCAGGGUCUGAAUACGACGAGAUCCACCCCCAGAAUGAGACUAUUCUACUUCCCGACGGACGAGUGAAGGAAGACCAUAGCAACAAGCCCGCAUCCAACCUACUCAUGCCUUAUAGCCAUAUUUUCAACCCAAGAUACGUCGGCAGUAAGGUCGCCCUUGAAGCACAAGAGGUUUACUAUUCGAACAACAGCUUCUCAGUCUGUAACGUCGAUAACGGCCUUGAGAUGUUCCUCUAUAGAGAUACCGCGCGAGUGUUCCAUAUUUGCAAACAUCAAUCGUGCUCUUCUCGCCAUCACACUGGAGUCAGGCCUAUCCAGUUUGUGCAGGAUUUGCAGAUUCGUUUGAAAUACGAGCAUUUCUUCAAUGAAGUUACAGACAUGACUGCUACGGAAAUGACAAGCAGAGAACACCGCUUGCUGGAAAGCUUGCAGAGAUCCAUUGAAGUGCUUCCAGAGCAACUCAAGUAUACCCCAGUGCGAGAUCUGAAUAUUGAAUUCAUUCUUAUGACAGAACUCUCGCAUCCUUUGCACGGCUACCAGACGCACCAUUUAGUCAAUUCUCUACAGGCCAUCAGAAACACGAUUUAUCGGUUGAUGCACGACCACGAGAAAACUAAGGUCACAGUGGUACACCACGACGAAUUGCUAUCACCUUUUCCGCGAAAUAUCACCGGAUUGUUCUCGCUGACAAGAGAGCAAUGGGAUCACGAGAAAAUCAACAAUGCAGGAAGACAUGACUGGACUCCGGGGUAUUAUAUCCUACCAUCCGGCGUUGUUGCACACGAGUCCAUCUCCGGUGUUCCACACUUUGAGGCUGAUGUCCUUCUAAGAGAGCGAUGGGGUAUGCACUCUGCACUCGACACAAAAAGCCAGCAGCUCGUCUCAGAGGGUAAAUACUGGCCCAAGAUCAGCACAGAAUAAACUAUGAAUGUCAGGUCAGAUCAUUUGCCGCACCUGCAUCGCUUCUAGAGAGUUGGACAGAAUUCAACGGGAAGCUGUUCAGCAAUAAGACCUAGCCUGCAAGGCCAUUUGACCUGAAGUUCACAGCUCAUUCCUGAUUGUUCUACAUGUGUGAAUUGGAUGAUAUCCUCGCUAUGAUUUUGUGCUUGUGUAAAGUUGCAUCAGGUAACAUAUCAUCUUUCGCAAGCAGUGUGAGUGAUGAACAGUAAGCAAUUGAGACCGUUUGCAGGAUAGCUAUCAAAUAGCAGAUAGAUCCGCAAUGAAUACAACCAAGCACCGUAUUUGGGGGAGGGGUCGGUUGA